CGUGCACACAAAAUCCCAAAAAUAAAAAUUAUAUUGUAUAAGAGUAUGUUGUUAAUGGAGUUAGAGAAAGAAAAAUGGCGAUAAAACUGAACAAUGGAUUCAAAAUGCCCAUAAUUGGACUUGGAGUUUGGCGAAUGGAUGGCAAGGAUGUGAAAAAUCUCAUUCUUAACGCCAUUAAAAUCGGCUAUCGUCACUUUGAUUCCGCUGCUUUUUACCAGAAUGAAGCUGAGGUUGGGGUGGCACUUGCUGAAGCAAUACAAACUGGGCUUGUUAAAAGGGAGGAUCUUUUCAUAACCACUAAGCUGUGGAGCUCUGAUCAUGGACAUGUGCAUGAAGCGUGCAAAGAUAGUUUGAAGCAACUUCAACUUGAUUAUUUGGAUCUGUACCUAGUUCACUUACCUGUAGCCACAAAGCAUACUGGAGUUGGUACCACUGCAAGUACAUUGGAUGAGGAUGGCGUGCUUGAUAUUGACACUACUCUAUCCUUGGAGACCGUUUGGCAUGCCAUGGAAGAUCUCGUUUCUAUGGGUUUGGCUCGAAGCAUUGGUAUCAGCAACUAUGACCUCUUUCUGACAAGAGAUUGUUUAGCGUAUUCCAAAAUUAAGCCUGCUGUGAACCAGAUUGAAACACAUCCGUAUUUCCAACGUGAAUCUCUGGUGAAAUUCUGUCACAAGCAUGGAAUCUGUGUUACCGCCCAUACUCCUUUAGGAGGUGCUGCUGCCAACACUGAAUGGUUUGGAUCAGUAUCUUGUUUGGAUGAUCCAGUUCUUAAGGGUCUCGCGAAAAAACACCAAAAGACAGUAGCACAGAUAUCUCUCCGAUGGGGGAUCCAGCGCAAUACAAUAGUCAUACCAAAGUCAUCCAAGCUUGAGAGAUUGAAGGAGAACUUUCUAGUUCAAGAUUUCGAGCUGACAGAAGAUGACAUGGAACAGAUUAAAAGCAUAGAUCGUAAAUACCGGACCCAUCAAACAGCAAAGUUCUGGGGAAUAGAUGUAUAUGGAUGAAGGUGAAGUGCUUGAUUUUGUAACCUAGUUAAAAGAACAAGGGAUAUGCAUGUCUAGUUUAUGUAUCAUUUGUAGCUAAGAUAAAAAAAACACAAACUUGGCACAUCUUUGGAACACUUUAGCAUUAUUUCUUUAUUACAAUGUCUGAUAAAAUUUAUAAAAUUCAGUAAAAAUCGUGUUUGAAUAAAAUAUUUGUUCUUAUA